AUGAGCUGCCCGCUGCUCGCCCAGCUGGCGUGGUGCACCACGCCCACGGUCGCCUCGGCAGCAUCGCUGAUAGUUGGUGCUGCGCCACGGCGCUGGCGCACCACGCCGACGGCCGGUACCUCGGCAGCGCCGCUGAUAAUCGGUGCGAACGCUCUGCCACGGCGAGCGCUGUUUGCGCUGCUGCCCGCUGCGCUCGCCAUGCCUGGCGUUCCAGCUCCGGCCUAUGCGUCGGGAGGAGCCACGGCUGGCAAGACCACAUCCAUCCCGCGCGCCAAGGUGCGGUACUACGGUCGCAUGAGCCAGGUGCUCAACGCAUACCGGGAGCUGGGAAAGGUGAUCGCCUCUGGCGACGCGGCGGCGAUCAAGAAGGCUGGCAAGGCCUUUUGGAGUUCCUCGGAGGAGGCGCCCGCGGAGGAGCUCAAGUCGGCCGGCUACCUGCUGGCGGUGGCCUUCAAGAUCGACUCGAAGAUCCCUCCCGACAAGAUCCCGGCCGUCAAGGACUACAAGAAGAUGAUGGGCGGCGUCGAGAAGCUCAAGGCGGCGGUGAGCAGCGGCAAGGCGGCCGACGCGGCCAAGGCGUAUGCGGCGUCCACCGACUUUCUCAAUUUGUACCUUGACGCUGUCGAGCUGCCCGCGAUCGGCGACAGCCGCUACGACAAUCCCGACACGGCCUGCUUCUUCCAGUGCGGCGAGGAGGCGAGGUAGGGAGGCUGGCGUGCCGCUUCGACACGCGUCUUGCUAACCUCCUCUCGCGGUACAACACGCGGAGCACACCCCAGCGUGUGCAUGAGAAUGUCUGACCGCUGUCCCUCGGCGCUCGCGUCCCAGUGCUGCCCCUGUGACGUCUCUCUCCCGAAUCACUGUUGCCCCCCGGUACGUCGAGGCGAUGCCCACCGCCCGCCAGUCGCGUGUCGCUGUCCGUCGAUGUUAGCCAUAUACAGCGCAUAUCUAUGCAUCUCACUGAUCUUUGCACCAGUUGUCAGUCGAACUACAGUACAUGAGCGCGUUGUCGGAU